UAGAAAAGUCCACCACAUCUCACCGAAGCAACUGCACGCACGCGGAAACCCGACAAAAUUAAAUCAACAUUCCUGUGACGGCGAAAUUGAAUUUGCACAAUUAGUUUAAAACAGACGUCCGCCCGCGAUGGCAGCGCGGCAUCGAGUGGCCGCCAUUUUGUUUUUGUGGUGGGGUGUGUUUUGUGUGCUAGGCUGUGAUGGUGAUGAACUGGCGAUCUACGAGGUGAAGCUGAAGAUGCUGUGGAGUGAGGAACGGUUUCCUAAAGACUACCCGACUAACCGGCCUAAGGCUCAGUGGUCUAUUGCCUUCGGUCAAUCGCACAACAGUUCUUAUGCCCUAUACCAUGUGGAUGAAGUGGCAUCAUCUCCCGUAAGAAGCUUUACCCAGUUUGGGAAGAUCGACGCAUUGGUGCAGGGAGGAGAAGAAGAACCGAGGGUAUAUGACCAGUUCACAGCCCCAGCUGUGGGGAAAGGAACCGGGGAGACACAGGGCAUUGUCCUGGUGGAUGGAAGGCACAGUUUAGUUUCAUUAAUAUGCCACAUGAUACCAUCACCCGACUGGUUCAUCGGAGUAGAUAGCCUUGACCUAUGCGUGGAUUCUUCCUGGGUGGAUCAGAUCACGUUGGAUCUCGAGCCCUUAGACGGGGGAGCAGCAAGUGGCCUGACCUUCACUGCUCCUCGUUGGGAGACUGUCCCACCAGAACCGGUCACGAAGCACGGGCCCAGGGUGCCAAACCACCCGGCUGCAGGUUUCUACUACCCGAACUGGAGGGAACUGCCUGUGAUCGCUAAGGCCGAGUUUACGAGAAAAUAUAUCUACUCCACUGAGAAAGUCAACGAGCUAGNUAACGAGCUAGUCAGAAAAGAUAUAUUAGCCAAAUUGAACCGUAAAGACGAAUAUAAAGGUGUCCUUGAAGAAGUUGUGAAUGAUGAUUCAGACAUUGAAGACAUCAGUACAAAAAACUACGUGGAGCAUCUGAUGGAAUUGGAGGAGGAACCAUUCGGCACACCUAUACCUAACCAGCCCGAGAACAACGUGGUAGUGGUCACUAAACCGCCUAGCAUCAAGUCAACAACCGAGAGAGAGUUUGACGAUGACCUAAGAAGCAUGGAUGACGUGGUUUUGGCUGUCGCAAGAGGCCAGAAGCUAGGUCUGAAUAAAUAUCUGCCUAGGCACUUCAGGUCAAGACUUCACCACGCAGUUAAUAGGAUACAACCCGACGACUGCCUGGUCUCCGAGUGGGGGGAGUGGUCCCCUUGUUCCGCUACCUGCGGGUUCGGCAACAAGUACCGAUCCCGACGAGUGCUCAGGGAGAAAAGGGGAGACGGUCGCCACUGCCCAGACCUGGUGGAGAGGGACCACUGCGGGGAUGUCAACUCCUGCGCUCACAUCGACUACUUCCAUUGGUGAAGAGGGGCAGAAGCUGAUCGAAAACAUAAAA